AUGCGGGGCGGUAUCGAUCAUCCGGAUCUCUCCGAAGUGGAGAAGUUCCACUACUUGAAGGGAUGCUUACAAGGAGAACCCAAGAGUCUCAUCGAUCCACUUCAGAUUACUAAGGCCAACUAUCAGGUGGCAUGGGACUUGCUGUUGAAGCGGUACAACAACAGUAAGCAGCUGAAGAAACGGCAGGUGCAAGGCCUCUUCAACCUUCCCGCCCUUCCUAAGGAAUCCGUUACCGAUCUGCACGUCCUCAUUGAAGGCUUUGAAAGAAUUGUGCAGACUCUUGACCAGAUCAUUCAGUCAGCCGACUAUAAAGAUCUUCUACUGGUCAACAUCCUCACUACACGAUUGGAUCCGGUCACUCGGAGGGGUUGGGAAGAGUUCUCAGCUAUGAAGGAGACAGAUACACUUGCAGAUCUGCUUGACUUCUUGCGGCGUAGACUCCAGGUUUUGGAUUGCUUGCCAACCAAGUCUGCUGACACUAGGGGUGAUCAGCAGCAGCAGCAAAUUCAAUCGAAGCAAAGGCUUCCACCAGUGAAGACAAAACGGGACACCAAGCAAAAGAGUGCCAAUCCAAAUACUCUUGCCGGAGCUGCAAGGGUCGGCAUCAUACUCUUGUGUGCUUCAAUUCAGAAAGGGAUACGGAUAAGGAUACGAAGGUCAUUUCAGGUUCUUCUGGCUACAGCAGUCGUCGUGAUCAAGGACGACGAUGGCAAUCGGAUUCCGGCGCGUGCGCUGUUAGAUUCGGGAUCGGAAAGCAACUUCGUGACUGAGCGAUUAAGUCAGCGCAUGAAGGUAACUCGAAAUCGAGUGGAUAUUUCUGUCGUCGGAAUUGGACAAGCAGCUACCAAGGUCAAACACAGGAUACAAGCGGUUUUACGGUCUCGAGUGUCUCAAUACUCACGAGAAUUGAGCUUCCUAAUCCUUCCAAAGGUAACGGUAAAUCUUCCAACCACCACUAUCAAUACUGAUAGAUGGACAAUUCCGGACGAUAUCCAGUUGGCUGAUCCUGCGUUUUUCGAAUCUAAGGUGGUGGAUCUUGUACUCGGGAUCGAAGCGUUUUUCGAUUUCUUCGAAACCGGAAGGAGAAUUUCCCUGGGCGAACAACUACCGACUCUUAAUGAUUCCGUAUUUGGCUGGGUCGUAUGCGGAGGAUUUUCGGUUCCUAGUCGAUCACUGCACAUCAACUGCAAUAUGUCGACAACGGAGGAUUUGGACGCGUUGAUGUCUCGAUUUUGGACUUGUGAGGAAGUCGAGUCUGACAACACAUUUUCACUGGAAGAGAAACGCUGUGAAGAGUUAUUUUUGAACACGAAUGAAGACGCUAUCUUAAGGUUGGGCGAGUCAAGGGACAUCGCAUUCCGACGUCUUCAGGGAACCGAGCGUAGGUUGGCUAGGGACGAAAAUCUACGGAAGCAGUAUACUGAUUUUAUGGAGGAGUACCUGCAUCUAGGUCAUAUGCGGAAGGUCGAAGAAGUUGCUACAGAUUCGGUUAAACGGUGUUAUUUGCCACACCAUCCAGUGGUAAAGGAUUCCAGUACCACUACCAAGGUACGGGUGGUAUUCGACGCUUCCUGCAAGACUUCUUCCGGACUAUCAUUAAACGACGUGUUACUGGUUGGGCCGGUGAUACAGGAGGACCUCCGUUCCAUUAUCCUACGCAGUCGGACAAAACAAAUCAUGCUCGUGUCCGACGUGGAAAAGAUGUUCCGACAAAUCAAUGUUUGCCCAGAAGAUCGACCGUUGCAGUGUAUUCUCUGGCGAAACUCGUCUGCCGAAGAGAUAUCCACCUACGAGCUAAACACGGUGACAUACGGUACUAAGCCAGCGCCAUUUUUGGCCACCAGAACGCUAAAACAAUUAGCACUGGAUGAGGAGGAGCGGUAUCCACUAGCGGCCAAGGCAGCCAUCGAGGAUACCUAUAUGGAUGACGUCAUCACAGGAGCAGACGAGGUAAAAACAGCAAUUGAUUUGCGAGUGCAGUUAGAAGCAAUGACGUCAAGCGGAGGAUUUCGUCUACGGAAGUGGGCGUCGAACUGUCACGAUAUACUGAACGGAAUCGAGGAGGAAGAGCUUGCCAUCCGAUCACCUAAAGGCAUUGUUUUGGAUCCAGACCCUUCGAUAAAAACCUUGGGACUGACCUGGAUGCCAGUAACCGAUACACUUAGGUUUCAGUUCACCAUCCCCAAUUUGAACACAGAAGUUCCUCUUACCAAACGGUGCGUGCUUUCGGUGAUUGCUACACUGUUCGACCCAUUAGGCCUGUUGGGCGCUGCUAUCACUACAGCGAAGAUCUUCAUGCAGCUGCUGUGGACGUUGCGAGAUGAAAAUGACCAACGACUAGAUUGGGACCAGCCGUUACCUCCAACGGUGGGUGAGGCCUGGAGAAAGUAUCACCAGCAACUCCCACUGUUCAAUGAAAUCCGUAUCGACCGCUGUGUUAUCAUCACAGACGCGGAUAGAAAAGCCCCUACGUUCCUGUCUACUGAAGAGUUAAAGGAGGCGGAAAACACUCUGGUUCGAUUGGUUCAGAGGGAGGUGUUCGCUGAGGAUUGGAAGGCGCUCUCCAAGGAAAAUGCUGUUUCCAAGAGCUCGCCGCUUCGAUGGUUUAAUCCGUUUGUCUCCCAAGACCAGUUGAUCAGACUUGGCGGUCGUUUAAAGCAUUCGAUGGAGUCUGAAAGCACCAAACAUCCGGCCGUUUUACCCACUCGGCACAUAUUUACACGCUUGCUGUUACGGUAUUACCAUGAACGACUUCUGCACGCUGGACCACAGUUGCUGUUGGGAGUUGUUAGGCUUCGAUUUUGGCUGCUGGGAGGCAGGAGUGUAGUUCGAUACAUUAUCCAUCAGUGUCAGAUAUGCUUCCGAUCGAGACCAUCGACCGUACAGCAGUUUAUGGGGGAUCUACCAGCUUCACGGGUCACCGUAUCCCGUCCAUUUUCUCGCACAGGUGUCGACUACUUUGAACCUCUCUAUGUGAGACCAGCUCCAAGGCGAACUGCAGUUAAGGCUUACGUUGCUAUAUUCAUGUGUCUGUGUACCAAAGCAAUGCAUCUCGAAUUGGUCACAGAUUUAUCGACAGAUCGAUUUCUACAGGCUCUACGGAGUUUUGUUGCCAGAAGAGGACGAUGUACGGAUAUAUAUUCCGACAACGGCACUAAUUUUGUCGGCGCUCGCAAUAAACUGCAAGAAUUCCUGCGAUUGCUUAAAGAUAGCCAUCAUAACGACAUUGUGUCCAAGCAAUUAGCCAAGGAAGGGAUCCAAUGGCACUUUAGCCCGCCGAGUGCGCCACAUUUUGGCGGUAUUUGGGAGGCCGCAGUCCGAUCAGCAAAAAUUCAUCUGCUAAAGGUGCUAGGCGAAACUCCUGUGUCCCCAGAGGACAUGAACACGCUAUUAGUCCAAGUUGAAGGAUGCCUGAAUUCUCGCCCGCUCACACCCAUGUCUGAUGAUCCGAAUGAUCUGCAGCCACUAACUCCCGCACAUUUUCUGGUUGGAGAAUCUCUCCACGCUGUUCCCGAUCCAGAUUUAACAAGCAUUCCAAUGAAUCGUCUCACCCAAUGGCAGUUAACCCAACAAAGAUUGCAGAACUUCUGGAAAAGGUGGCGCAGAGAAUAUCUGUGUCAACUUCAAUGCAGAACCAAACGAUGGAAACCGGCUGUUCGUAUUGACAUUGGAAAGCUAGUCGUUAUUAAAGAUGAUAAUCAACCUCCAAUGCGAUGGAAAAUGGGUAGAAUCGUGCAAACUCACCCUGGCGACGACGGAACCGUGCGAGUAGUUACACUGAAAACCGCUACUGGAAUGCUAACUCGUCCGGUCGAAAAGCUUUGUCUGCUACCUAUUUCGGAUGACAACGACGACAUACAGCCAACAGAAGUCCACAAUCAGCAAUCCUAG